CUAAGCAUUUUCUACAAAACGCGUUUUUCAACUAAAAAAUAAUUUUCGAUACUUCUACAAAAACUGCUAUAUAAAAUAAAAAUAAAUUAAUUUUAAAAUUUACAUAAAUAACAAACAAAAAAAAAACAAAAACAUUUUAUACAAAAAAUAAAAAAAAACAAUAACAAAACGGUUCAACGCAAAUAUAAAAACCCAGUCUACUGCCUGUUUGGAUGUAUAGUUGGCUUGAAAAGCAAAAUGUCCUUGGUGUUGUACAAUAUUGGAGGAAUAGCGACCGGUAGUACGACCACAGUAUCGACUCCAACAACUGCAACCGCAUCUACAAUUGCUAUAGCAGCUGCAGGUGUUGUCAAUAAUGACAAUAACAAUAACAUGGAUAACACAAGUGAGGAAUCGAAUCCUGUCACUAUUUACAGGUGCCGGGCCCCAAUAGCGUCAUUAGAUUGCAUGGAGGAGUUCAGUGGUACGGGAGGUCAUCUUGAUUUCGGCCGUUCAAUAAGUUUGGGAUCGAAUUCAGCAUUACCAUUACGUCAUGGUUCAACUCCGACACCGGGUUUGCGGUACAAAAACCUUGGAAAGAGCGGUCUACGUGUCUCAAAUGUGGGUCUGGGCACGUGGCCAGUCUUUUCACCCGGGGUCAGUGAUGAACAGGCCGAAUCAAUACUUAAGCUUGCCAUUGAAAGCGGCAUAAAUUUAUUUGAUAUAUCUGAAGCGCAUUCGGAAACGGAAAUUGGUAAAAUACUUCAAAGGACCGGUUGGAAGAGGACAGCUUAUGUGAUUACAACAAAAGUUUAUUGGAGUACAAAAUCAGAAGAGAGAGGUCUAUCAAGAAAGCACAUUAUAGAGUGCGUCAAGGCCAGUUUGCAGCGAUUACAAUUAGCAUAUAUUGACAUUGUGAUUAUCCACAAAGCCGAUGCGAUGUGUCCAAUGGAGGAGGUUGUUCGUGCCAUGACAUAUGUCAUCCAGGAAGGCUGGGCCAUGUAUUGGGGCACGGCUCGUUGGUCCCAUGUGGAAAUUAUGGAAGCCUAUUCCAAUUGCCGUCAAUUUAAUUGUAUCGCUCCGAUUGUCGAACAAUCUGAGUAUCAUAUGUUCUGUCGUGAAAAAUGUGAACUUUAUUUGCCCGAGAUGUAUAAUAAAAUUGGUGUUGGCCUUAUGGCAUGGGGACCAUUGUCGAUGGCAUUAAGUGACACGCAAAAUGGUGAAAAGAUUUUGUUCCCGAAAGGAUCGUUUAAAACAAAAAGUCACAGUUACUCUUGGACCGAAGAUGAGGUUAAUCGUAAUGGAAGUUGGAAUAAGGACCGUUUGGAGGAGGGACGCAGACAUUGUGACAGAUUAAGAGAUCUAUCGGCAUUGGCUGAAAAACUUGGAUGUAGCCCUACUCAGCUAUCGAUUGCAUGGUCGCUAAAGCAUGAACCAGUUCAAUGCUUAUUGUUGGGUGCGACCUCUGCUGAGCAGUUGCAUCAAAGUCUGCAGUCACUACAGCUAUUACCACGAUUGUCAACUAGUGUAAUGCUUGAAUUAGAAAGAAUUCUCGAAAAUAAACCGGUUCGGCCGCCAAUGAUAUCAACCUUGGCGCUUCGGUGACAAUCAGCCUGCCCUCAGGGGCCACCUAGUAUAAGUGGCGCCUGUGGGGCAGAGUCACCAAAAGAUGAAGAAUUCUGCGAGGAAGCUGAUCCGAAAGAUGCAUCAAAGCAGGGUUUCUGCACUAUUCAGUGACGAAAGGAGUCUUUAGAUAACGAUAAUAAAUUUUUGAAACCGAUAAGUAGCAAAACUAGCUUAAGUAGUACAACAAUAAUAACAACCGUUAGUAACAAGCCAGAUUUAAUAACUCUACAACAACAACAACUACAAAUUCAACAACUGCAGCAGCAGCAGCAGCAUCAACAACAACAACAACGUUCUUCACUUUUUAAAGGUUCUUCUUCAAAUUCAAAUAGCAAUUUAUUAAAUUUAAUAAACAAUGAGAAUCGCUUAGAUAGUUUACCAAUUCAAAUAGAUUCUUUAAACAAUAACAAUUCUUAUAACCAAAGCAAUCAGACAAAUGGAGGCAAUAAUAAUGAGACAUCAACAACAACAGCAACAGCAGCAGCAGCAAGUCAUCAUCAUCAGUCGGCUAAAGAUACAACAAUCAAUAUAAGUAACAUUCAAGGUUACGAUGAAAGAUCCAAUAUGACUAAGGCCAAGAAGUCCUUGCUUAACUUCAGAUCCUUUGAUUUUCACAUCAAAUCUUUGUAUUCGGGCUUACGCCAUUCAAAAAAUACACCCGAAACAGCAGUCCACCACCAACAUACACAACAACGUUCCGAAACUCACACAAACGGUAAUAAUGGGCAUAACAACCCUGUGGCAGCUCAUAAUCGAACGCCACCAUAUCUUAGAGUUGAGGAAGUGGACAUUGAGGAAUCCGAGAAUCUUCUUCUUGAUUAUCCUCAAUCACCAUACUCAUCGAGACGUAAUAGCGAAGAUAAUCGUUCGAGUGCAAACUUGUUGCAAAUAAACCAAUUUGAUAUGUCCAUUUCUCAAGGUAGUUCACCAUAUUUUUUGUCACCGAUACCAAUUUCGGGUAAUAUAAGACGUUCAUCUACGUCUGAUAUAAUGUGCAAGCGAAGCAGUGCAGGCAGUAGUGCUAGUUCGAGUCGACGUCCUAGCACAUCGGAUCUGUUACGAAAAGCUCGAGAACGCAAAGGCAGUGAGUCCAGUAGCCGAAUUGGUAGAAGUGUUUCUCAUGGUGGACUGCCACGUGGUGGAGGUGGUGGUGGUGGGCGAGGAGGGGGAGGUCGUCGAACAAGCAUAGCUUGUUAGAUUGCGUGAGAUGGCAUUGAAAACAUUAAAGAUUGAACACGGAUUGACUGUCUUAAA